CUAACGCAUUAAACGGCCACUGGUGGGUGUCUGUGAGGUGGGAACCACCUCGCGCACCCUCCUUUGACAGAGUAAUACACCAUGACCAUGUCCAUGUCCAUGACCAUGACCAAGACCAAAACCACCACCAACUCCCUCACAAAUCCAAAUUAGAAGGAAAAAAUUAAGUUUAAAACAAGAAAAACAAAACCAAAAAACCAAAUCUUUGUUCGUUUUUUUUUGUCUGAAUUUUUGUUUUUGGCUUAGGAUUUGUUCUUUUGGAGCCUGGUCUUGCGCAGCUCCUGAUCGGGGUCUCUCUUUGAAGCUUCCUCUCCGGGGUCUGAGACAAUAAGUUUUCUGGGUUUUUGUUGAUUCUCCAAAGGGGUCCGGCUCCUGGGUGUUGCUGGUGGUUGGGAUUUCUGUUUCUUUAUUCUUUUGGUGUUCUGAAAAUGUGGAGGGACCCCGGAGCUACUGCUGAUUCUUUCUACCAGGUCCGGCCUGAGUGCACCGAUGUCCCAAAAACCCGCUUCAAGAUCAAGGCAGGUAAAACUCUAAGUGUAAGGAAAUGGCAUGCUGCAUUUACUCCGGAAGGGCAUCUGGAUAUAGGCAAGACCCUAAGUCGAAUCCAAAGUGGGGGGAUCCAUCCAUCAAUUAGAGGAGAAGUUUGGGAAUUUCUACUUGGUUGUUAUGAUCCUAAGAGUACAUUUGAUGAACGGGAGCAGUUACGGCAGCAUCGAAGGAUGCAAUAUGCUAGGUGGAAGGAAGAGUGCCGCCAAAAGUUUCCUGUUGUUGGAAGUGGAAGGUUUAUCACGGCGCCUGUAGUCACUGAAGAUGGUCAGCCCAUUCAAGAACCCUUGGUACUUUUAGAAACAAAUCCAGGCAAGGGACAAGCUUUACCUCCUCAAGACAAUGGUGGGGUUGAUAUUAAAGCCACAACCAAUGGUUUGGAUCCAAUGAAGGAUAAGAAAGUAAUCCAGUGGAUGCUUACACUACAUCAAAUAGGUCUCGAUGUGGUUCGAACUGACAGGACAUUGGUGUAUUACGAGAAGCAAGAAAACUUGUCAAAACUUUGGGAUAUUCUUGCUGUUUAUGCAUGGAUAGAUACAGAUGUUGGCUAUUGUCAAGGAAUGAGUGAUCUUUGCUCCCCCAUGAUUAUUCUUAUUGAAGAUGAAGCAGACGCAUUUUGGUGCUUUGAACGUUUGAUGCGGAGAUUGCGAGGAAAUUUCAGAUGUACUGAUAGCUCUGUUGGGGUGGAGACACAACUAAGUAAUUUGGCUGAAAUUACUCAAGUUAUAGAUCCAAAACUUCACCAGCACUUAGAGACACUAGGUGGAGGUGAUUAUCUAUUUGCUUUUCGGAUGCUCAUGGUUUUGUUCCGUAGAGAAUUCUCUUUUUGUGACUCAUUGUACCUUUGGGAGAUGAUGUGGGCCCUGGAAUAUGAUCCUGACUUAUACUCGAUGUAUGAAGAACCUGAGUUAGCUAGUGAAAAAGCUGAGGGAUCUAAAGGAAAAGCAAAGUCAAUACGUCAAUGUGGAAAGUAUGAGAGAGAAAAUAUGAAAGUUAGAGCAAAGAGUUCAGAAGCCCCCCUCCCCAUCUCCAUUUUCCUUGUUGCUAGUGUUUUAAAAGAUAAGAGCUCAAAGCUACUGCACGAAGCUCGGGGCCUCGACGACGUUGUCAAGAUAUUGAAUGACAUAACUGGAAAUCUAGAUGCCAGAAAAGCUUGCUCUGGGGCAAUGAAACUUCACAAGAAAUAUUUAAAAAAGGCCAAGAAGACAUAGCCUUGGAGAAAGCACACGAUUUUUUGGCCAAUCAAGAAAUAAUAGGAUGUUUCCUACUUGGUGAUUUGUUUUGGCAAGAUAAUUAUGUACUUGCACAGAAUUGUAUGAUUGCUUGAGCACAAUUCUUCCUCAAAAGUCAUUUUUGUAUGUUAAAAUGAUCUCAUUAUUUGUGUAUAUCCAAAACAAUUUUUUGGCAGGGCUUACACGAAUCUACUUUGUAAGCACUUUUUUUGUAACAAUCUGCAAAAAUACAAAAAGAAAACUCAUACACGGUUCAAUUUGAUAUCAAUGAAAUGAAUUUAAUUUCUACCU